GCUCGAGUCUGGCAUUCAGUUCGCUGCCGAGCACAAACGUAGGUACUGGUAGUUGCUUAGUCGCCGUAAAUUGAACAUAACAUUUCUAGCUUCAUAAUUAACUACACUGUAACGAAUUAACGCAGUGUAUCUUGAAUCGGCCGCUGAUUCCGUUCGCGUACGCAGGAUAAGCUUGUUUACUUAUUGCAAGAAGCGUGUUUCUGUUUUAUUACGCGGUUUGCCUUCUGUACGGAAUACAGUCGACAAUUAUUGUAAAUUGUAUGUCAACUGUUGUGGUUAAUGUUCAUGUGUGUCAAAUAUUAGUGUUGGUUAGAUCUAUUCGUACGCCGUAAUCCAGUGAAUGUUUUGUCGCGUGAAUGCUCUCGUGUAUGUUUAGUGGUUCGGUGAUUACGUAAUUCAUCUUUUUUUCUUUCCUCGCCAAUCAGCAGCGACUUCGCAGUUCGAUCAUUUACGCAAGAUACCAUUUUUCUCCUCUUUUUUUCACCUCCAACAUGUAACAACAAACAGGAAUACAGCUCAAUCAACGAGAACCAGCAAAAAUGGAUCUCAUUCAUAACGAUGUCCAAUCUUGAGGAGGACAAUUUUCACACAUCCAACUCGAUCAUCUCUCGCUGACACUAGCGUAAACCACUACAUCGGUGUAGAAGCGAGUAAACCAGACGACAGCGGAGUAAAUGAUCAUGUGGUCGAGAAUAGGUCUAUUUUCUUUACUAUGCGUCGCACUGUGCGUGCACGCCAACAGCGAAUUAGCAGAACAACUAGACUGUCCGGAAGACUGCGAUUGCCAUUACUUCAGAAUAAACUGGGUAACAGACUGCUCCGAAAGUAACCUGACCAGCGUACCUCUGGAAGGAUUGGACAACAACGUUUACAUACUGAACAUGAACGGCAACCAUCUCAAAGAAUUGGGCCCGUUUCCCGAAGAUAUCAAAGUUCGAACUUUACAACUGGCUGAUAACCUGUUGACGCACAUUAAAAACGAUUCGUUCAGCAAUCUGCAGUACUUAGUCGAUAUAGAUCUAUCCGGCAAUAAUAUUUCUACCAUAGAUUCGCACGCAUUUGCGAAUAAUCCAGGCUUAAUAACGGUGGAACUGCAGCAAAAUCCGUUGGACCUCGUAGACGGGCCUUUUCUCAUAUCGAAAUCUGUCCUAUAUUUAUACUUAAGCGAUUGCAACCUGUCGAAACUGUCUUCUUCGUUUUUCGCCAACACUACCGCUCUGAAUACUCUGGAUUUAUCUGGUAAUCCUCUGAGGAUCGUCGAAGCCGGUAUAUUCGAUCCUUUAGCCAGUUUGGAAACGUUGAAACUGAACAGAUGUAAUCUAACGCAUAUAGCCGGAGUAGCUUUCAACAGCCUAGUACAUCUCAAGGUACUCGAACUGUCUGGAAAUAAUCUGAAGAAUCAAGUAGAUUGGGCUUUGGUGCUAAGUAACCUGGCACGAUUAGAAUUACUGGAUUUGAGACGAUCUGGUAUAUCAAACUUACCGGAAAAUACUUUCAUUAAGAAUCAAUGGUUGAGGACUCUGAUUCUGGCUGAGAAUGAAUUAGCUGGUCUGGACGUUGCGACCACUUUAGGUCAUAAUUUAAUACAUUUGGAUUCGUUGGAUCUGUCUUAUUGUCAUCUAAGAGAACCGUUAUCGGAAACGCCAUUUUUGAACGCUACGAAGCUACGAACUCUUAUUCUAUCCGGUAAUCAUUUAUCGUCAGUUGUGCUGUCCGAAGCUCUGGCGCCGUUGACUCGUCUGCAAACGUUGUCUUUACGAGAUUGCGGUCUUACCAGACUACCAGCCAACACAUUCCAUCGAUUUGGAUCGUUGCAGAAGCUCGACAUAUCGUAUAAUCCUUUAAGCAACGCGUUCACCGGUUUAUUAUCUCCGCUAGAAAGCCUCGAGCAUUUAGAUAUGGGUUACAGUAAUCUGAAAACUAUUUCUAGAGACACGUUUUUAAAAAUGGGUUCACUAAAAACCUUGAUACUUUCGGGCAACAAGCUGGAAAGUUUGGAGUACGGUCUAUUCCAAAACCUAACGCACUUGGAAACGUUGGAAUUAAAUUAUUGCGGUCUGAGUAGACUUAACGAGGCUGUAUUCUACGAUAAUUAUACGUAUCCGGAUUUGGAAGAGUUGAGACUGGCCGGAAAUCCAUUAAAAGUCUUUCCCGACGAGCCACUCAUACCGAAACAACUGUCUAGACUCAAGACGCUAGAUUUACGUAACUGUGAUUUGUCUCAUAUACCUCCGGUAGCUUUUAAUUCGUCCCAAAACAUCACCAAGCUUCUACUCGCUGAUAACAAAUUGGGCAGCGUAGGCGACCACAACCCGUUAACUUUCUUGCAGCCUUUGAAACACCUAUCUCUGCUGGAUCUGAGUAAUAACAACUUCUCCUCCAUAACUCCCGGCGUGUUCGGCAAUAAUCCGGAAAUCUCGGCUUUGAAACUAGUCGGCAAUCCGUGGAAAUGCGACUGCAGUAUUGUAGAAAUGUGGCAAUGGGCGUUGGCCGAAAGGGGAGACAUUGGUGUUCUGAUAGGAUCAACUACCGCAGCUGCAGAUACCAUUAGUGGGUCCAAGAAGAAGAAAGCUUUAUUGUGUUACUUAGAUACGAAGAGUACACCCAUAAAGGAAGGUAAACUACGCAGACCUGGUAGAGAACUUCUCAACAAUGUCAAUCGUACUUGGGCCAGAUACGUAAGGGAGGCUGAUUGCCAAUGGAAUCAUCCUCUGAAACCAGCUCGUAUACUCAAUAGACGUACCAGAGCUGCUGUUUACGAGCCUUUGCAAGAACCGGCUAAGUCGUCGCCUCUUUCACUAAUGUUAUUAUUGACCGGAUUCAUUAUGGUUGUGAUUAGCGUUUUUGCUGUUUCGUAUUCGGCAUCGCGAAAAAUCCUAUCGUUAAAAAAAAGAUCUAUCAAAAAUACUAAAUCUAUCGAAUCGAACGAUCCGGUAACCUCGGAUAUUGUAAUUAACAUAAAUUCAUCAUGAUUCACGAUACUGUAAUUUCAUUUUUUUUUCUAUUUUAGAACUAGUCUCCUAUUUUUUUUUUUUUUUUUUCAUUUUAUUUAUUUGCACUUUUGAAGCGUUGUUUUCAUGUAUAGGUAUAGCGAGCUAUUGAAUAGGUAUUACGUGUGCGAGAUUUAGGUUUAUUUACACGUAAUAUUUUUUAACUUGGUACUCAUCUUGACGUAAACAUAUUUAUUUGCGAGUCGAAUCGUAAAGGAAAUCCAUCUCGUUUCAUUAUAGGCUAGAUCGGAUGUAUUUGAAGUCAAUAUUUAUCUAAAUCGGAAAUAAUAAACUUUCGAUUUUCGUCAUUGACACCUAUAUAAAGGUGCUUGUGAAACACGAUGAAGUACCUACCUAUCUUUUUUACAGCAAACAAAAAGAUCCUACACCGUGAUAAUUAGGUAAUCACGCUUUAGAAUUUUUUUUCUAGCGAAAAAUUACUAACGCGCGUAAUUGAACGAACAAAUAUUCUCAUUAACGUUAAGACUGAUAUGUAAAUAAUAAGGAUAUUUCAAUUUCUAAAAUGACGCAUUUAUAUUUACCUACUCGCGAAUUUUAAUCGAAUAUUCAUCACGAAUGACAAUGAGCACCAAGUUGGGAAAAUAGGUAUAUACAAAGCGAUAUGUCAUAAUGUUUAUAGGAGUAAAUUAAUAAUACGAAUUGGUUUAUUUUUUUUUCAAACAAAACAAAUUUGUAUACCGUCGUGAUUUUUUACUAUGUUGUUUACUUUAUAAGAUUAUCUCCAGUACUGAUUUAUUGUUCACGUAAUUUGUAUUCUACUUAAUUUUAUAUUUAUUAUUGUGUACAUUCCUUAUUAUUAUGGUAACGUUUUGGUUAUAAAUAUUUUGUCGUGUUUUCCCUAUAUAUUUUAUUUUUCUUCUUUUCAUCGUUUUAAUUUUCACUCGUAUUUCAAAAUGAUACUGUAAUUAUUUUUUAAUUCGAUAUUCAUUUCAUAUUAGUGAACUAUUCGUAAUGAAUACCUAUUUAUAAUAAAAUUUUACAUGAAUCGA